UCACCUUUGAGCCUCUCUCUCUCUCUCUCUCUCUCUCUCUCUCUCUCUCUCUCUCUCUCUCUAUCUCUCUCAAGCAACGAUUGGAUUGAAGCAAUGGUUCAGCGUGUCUUUGUGUUACUUCUUCACCUGCUGACGCUGGUCGUGAUCGCAAACGCAGGAGUUCACGAGACGCAAACGCAGGGCGGGAGGAGAACGCUGUUGAGCAACGGGCUUGGCCUCACUCCCCAAAUGGGAUGGAACAGUUGGAAUCAUUUCCAGUGUAACAUCAACGAGACGCUCAUCAAACAGACCGCGGAUGCAAUGGUGGUAAGCGGGCUUGCUGCGUUAGGGUACAAGUACAUCAACAUAGAUGAUUGCUGGGGUGAAUUCAACAGGGACUCUCAGGGGAAUUUGGUUGCCAAAGCAUCAACCUUUCCUUCAGGAAUAAAGGGUUUAGCAGAUUAUGUUCAUAGCAAAGGGCUUAAGCUCGGGAUCUACUCUGAUGCUGGGACUACUACUUGUAGCACAACCAUGCCGGGUUCACUCGACCACGAAGAACAAGAUGCAAAGACUUUUGCCUCAUGGGGUGUUGAUUAUUUGAAAUACGACAACUGCGCGAACACGGGUCUUAAUCCGAGAGAAAGGUACAUGAAGAUGGGCAGAGCUCUGCUAAAUUCCGGCAGAUCCAUCUUCUUCUCUUUGUGUGAAUGGGGACAAGAUGAUCCAGCGACAUGGGCAGGAGGUGUAGGGAAUAGUUGGAGGACAACAGGAGACAUCCAAGAUAAAUGGGAGAGCAUGACACUCAUAGCCGAUCAGAACGAUAGAUGGGCAUCUUACGCGAAACCUGGAUCAUGGAACGAUCCAGACAUGCUGGAAGUGGGAAAUGGAGGAAUGACAACUGAAGAAUACAGGUCCCAUUUCAGCAUCUGGGCAUUGGCAAAAGCUCCGCUGUUGAUUGGAUGCGAUAUCAGAUCGAUGGACAAACUCACCUUCAAAUUGCUUAGCAAUAAGGAGGUGAUAGCAGUGAAUCAAGACAAACUUGGUGUCCAGGGGAAAAAGGUCAAGAAAGAGGGUGAUCUUGAGGUAUGGGCAGGACCUCUUACCAAGAAAAGAGUCGCGAUCGUCCUGUGGAACAGAGGAGAAUCACAGGCUAACAUCACGGCUCGCUGGACCGACAUUGGCCUCGGCUCAUCAACCGUCGUCGAUGUUCGUGACUUGUGGGAGCAUUCAACUAAGUCAGCAGUUAAGUACCAAAUCUCUGCUCUAGUGGAGCCUCAUGCUUGCAAAAUGUACACUCUUACGAGGCGCAAAGCAUAGGAUGCCAGAAAAGGACCACACAGAUAUCUCUAUUCCGCACUAAAUACCGCAGCUAAUCAAGCAAGGAAACUAUACCCUAUCAAACUAUUGAGUUGUAAUAAUGUUUCUAAGUUAUUUAAGGUUUUCCUUCCUAUGUUGGAUCUA